AUGCCUCAAUCAAACCCCUAUGCCUCUAAGAAGGCCCCUAAGGGUUCCUCCAAAACCGUCCGUCCCUCGACCCCGGAUGCCAACAUCCUGCGACAACUCGACUUGUCCCCUCAGACGGCGAACCAGAACAAAAAGCAGAGUAACGGGCGCAUGGGCGGACAGAACUCGUCUGGCCGGAAACGACGGGCGUCAACGUCUUCCGUCUCAAGUGUCUCAUCCGUUUCAUCCAUUGACGAUCUUGAACUCGAGAGUGGCCUCAGUGACGACCUGGAUGAUUCGGAAGAUGAUGCGGAUGACGAAGAAGACCGCCCACGUGCCGUCGCCCCGUCCUACGGUCGUCGUCCAUCCACUUCCCGGAAGACGGGGCGCCAGCCUGCCAAAAGCAAACGAAGACGGGUCUCUGACGACGAAGACUCGGACAGUCACUUUAUUACCGAUCUGAGCGAUCUUAGCGAUUCCGAGCUCUCGGAUGACGUUUACGCCGCAGUAGACUAUAUUACUGAUGGAGACGAUGAGGAAGGCGAUGUGGAAAAGUUAGAGGAGCUCAUGAUCAUGGAAUCUGAGAACAAACACCGGGUCCUGCCCUCUUCGGAAAUCUCGGAGAGCCAAUGGGUUGGCACUGAGAUGUUUGGCGACUCUAUGCUCCUACCCGCUGCAUCCUUCUUUGAUGAAGAGCAGCUUUACAGCGCUAUGGAGACUUUUGGCGAGACCGAUAUGGCCAGUGAGGCCGUGGAAACUCCCGUGGCUCGUCGGGUCCACUUUGAGGAGCGGUCGGACUCAUCUUCCGAUAGUGACUCUCACUCGGAUGAUGAGAUUCCUAGCGAUUUCCUCCAGCAAGAUGCCUUGGACCCACAACUGCGUCGCAUGAUCGAAAACGACAACAACGAAUACUACCGCAGCCACCGUCAAAAGUCCGAGGAGAUGUAUGGCGACGCUGAUUACGGCCACGGAAACAUUUACCACGUUGAAUCCGAGGGGACGUCCGAGGGCAGCCUCAGUGGUUAUGAGACCGAUGAUGGUGAUACCACAGAUGAAGACCUGCCUCCCCCUGCUACCAUUACCCACCCGCGUUCUCUUCUUCGCCGAGACUCUACCGACUCUUUGGUCGCCCCCGGUGAGGACAAGGCGGACACUGUCCCUCGCCGCCGAGGCCCAAUCAUGGGAACUUUCGUGGCCGAUCCAAACAAGCCUGUUGCAUUGGUUGACUGCACUGGCAAGCACCUCGUUAUCAUUCCCGCAUAUGCCUCUUCUCGUCAUGACUGGCUGGACUCUGCUGCCAACAGUAUGCCCGGAACUGCCAACAACAGCCCUCGUCAGACCACCCUGCAAUUGAUUGAUGAGAGCGAUACCGAUGCCCUUGCAUCUCCGAACCAGACUGAUUUCAGUCCCAUGCUGGCCUCUAGUGCCAAUCUGAUGAUGACCGCCCUCGGCAACGAUUUGACGCCGGGUGGCCAGGUCAUGGGUCCUCCCGAGGCUUUCUACCCCUCUCAAGACUUCACCAUUGAUAGCUCUUUCGAGGAUGAUGACGAGGACGAUCCCGAGGCUGCUCUCAAUGUGGAUGACUUUAUCGACUUUGGCAAUGGAUCCUCCGACGAGGAAGACAAUGACCAGGAUAACGACGCCUUCAAUGGUUUCGACGAUGAGGCUCUCAUUUCUCCCAUGGCGACCUCAUCUAUGCAGCCCAUGGGUACUCCUACACCUACUCGCAACUCGGUGUCCCAGCAGGAUAAUAACGCAGAGCGCUUCCUGAACCAUCUGGACAAGGGUAUCGUCACGGCCUUCCGUCGUAACCACAAUCGGUACCAGGCACUCCUCCGCCUUCCUCAACACCGCGAGUUCAUGCCCGCCAACUCCCCCUCGCGUCCUGCCAGUGUCUUCCGACACGCCAAGCAUCAAGACGUGCGCACUCCAGUCCGGAAGCGCAAGGCCAGUGGCUAUGCAGGUGGUGAGGCUGUGCGGCGCAAGCUUAUGGAUGCCCACCGCCGCACCCAGCUCCCAUUCUGA